GCGGCAGGGCCACUGGUACGCAGGGAGCUGUUAGAGGUUACUUGUCUUGCCAGACCUUCCGUGCUUGCAAACAACUCGGGGAGCUCGAAUACCAGAAGGCGACUUAUAAAUACAAAAGACCUGAGCCUGAGACUAUCCUCUGGAGAGAAGACUCUUCAGGGAUAGACAUCAAGAGCCCAGAACAUGCUUUUCUCCUUCUAAACAGCACUCUGAACAGGCCUUGCUCAUGCUGCCAGCAUAACAGCUGAGUGCCUCCCAGACUAAUAGACUGCCAUAGCGAGGUCCCUACUUGACCUCAUGGAGUCUUCUGCUCUCCUCCCUGCUCAGGUGUCGGGGAGCACCAGCUGGGAGUCUCCCAGGGCUCUAUUUACUUCCCCGGGCACCGUCAUGUCGUGCUUCACGCAACUGUGGCACUCCAACACGCCAGAAUCUCCCACCAGCCCUGUCCCUGCCUCUCCAAGUGAAAUCCCCAUCCCCAUCAGCCCCAUUGUCGUCACCUCCCCAGGAGAUGGCAAGAGGAAGGCGAGGUCCCCAACCGACAAGCCAGGCUCUCCAAACCCAACAUCUCCAAAGCCAACCUCCCCCGUUGAGUGUUCCAUUUGCUUCAACACCUAUGACAACACCUUCAAGACGCCCAAGCUGCUCCAGUGCUCCCACGUUUUCUGCCUGGAGUGUGUGGCCCGCCUGAGCACGGGGCUGCCCCCAAACCAAGCAGAGGACCAGCUCCCCUGCCCCUUCUGCAGGCAGCUGACCAGCAUCCCUCUGGAAGGUGCCCCAGCACUUGAGACCAGUAAGGAGCUCCUCGCCACGCUGCCUCCUGAACUCCAGCAGGAGAAGGUGCUCUGGAUGGACGGGACCAAGCUCUGCUGCCGUCAGGCAUCUGAUGACCCAGAGAAUCCAGACUCCUGUAUCUCCAUUGACGUCGCCAUGAGCAAGCCAGAAAGCCCGGAGGCCCCCCCGGCGGGGUUAGCUGGGAGGCUGUCCCGCUGCGACAUGUGCGACGACUGGAAACGCAUAGUCCUCCUCUCCGCGCUGAUCAUCAUCCUCUUCUGCAUCAUUCUGUGGCCAGUCCAGUGUGCCCUGAAGACGGGGAACCUCCGCUGCUUCACGAGGACUGUUGCAAUGAGCAGGCCGGAGUAUCUUCCCCCUAAACUCACCACACCGGCAGCACCGGUGACACAACCCCCCUUCCAGUAGCAGCCCCUCGCCAGGCUGGCGGCUCCCUCCCCACACCCCCCGGCACGGCGGGGGGGCCGGACCAGGGCCUGCUGCCCCGAUGGCAUUCCUCGGUUUAAUGGCAGACCCAGAGGCCCUUGACCCCACGCUCCCGCGCCUGCCCUUGACCACAAGCCUCCACCUCCAGCAGCUCUGCUGGAAUACUUUGCCUGCCAAGCUGUCUCCGGCCCUGGAAUGCUCCAAGCAGCUGCCUCAGCAUCCCGCUGCCAAACUCUCAGUGGAAACCGGAGCUUUGGAAGGAACAGGCAGGUUUUCUAGGACUGGUUGCCUCGAGCGGCACACGGCCGUGUGCUGUCUUGGCUGGGUAACAGGUGACAGUGGGUACAGUUCCUCUAACUCCCUUAGGGAAUAAAGGGCUAUUUUUGCAACCUGAAGGUUCUACAUGAUUAUUCCCGAGAGGAGCUGGGAUCGGGAGGGUAAAGACAUGUCAAAGUCGUAUACGCAGAUGAAAAUUAGCCUUAUUCCAUACACUUGAAACAUUGCUGCUGCGUUACUCGAUGUUGGAGGUGUAAAUGCUGCCUCCUGCUGACAAAACACGGAUCUAUGACUACUACCCACCCUUGAGUCGCAUUACCAUCCUGAUAAGCUUUUGAACAGAACAGAAUAGCCAUUCUACUCAUUCUUUCCUAAGAAGAUGCUUAAAAAUCACCCAUCCCUACCUGGACAGUGAUUUUGAACAGAGGGGGCGAGUUCUGUUAGGCACACUGACACAGCAAGUUACUUUAUCAGUGAACUUCACUCAUACUUCUCACAGGCAAACUGUUGACAAAAUGAUAGAAGUUCCAUCUUUUGACAGUUUUACCCUCCUAAUCUUAAAAGGUGUCAGUAUUAAGACACAGGCCAGUUGCUUACACUGUAUUUUUAUUUAAUGCAGUGAUCUUCUGACAGUGAUUAACAAAAGUCUUCAUGAUUAAGGCGAUUUAUAAUUAAAUGUUUUCUAUUCAAACACAUGGAUGUAAGACUGUAUUGUAUGCAAGUACCAUGCAUGUAUGUAUUAAAUUAUGUUUUAUACAAUGCAAGGUGUCAAUUUGUAGCAGUUACUCCACAUUUCCCUUCUUAUUUGCAGUUGGAGAGGUUCACUUAGCAGUCCUGAGUCCAGCUGCAUUCCUAGAUCAUGGUAGCGAAACAGCACAUGGCACGUCUGUACUCUGGUCCAGUUGUCCCAGUGUUGAACAAUCCUGCACUCAUGGACAGCUUUAUCCCUUUAAUUCAUACUUACUAUCAUCUAGGUGGUGUUGUCCCAGGUGUCCCUUUCCUCUGUGUUUACCCGAUUUGACCUGAAAAAUGACAAGCUCCAAAGACUGCUCAUCUUUUGCGUCUUCCCAGCUGGAUGAAAGAUGGUUCCAGUCUCCCUUUUCAGAAAAUCUAAUUUGAAAUAGAAAAAGCUGAAGCAACGGCAGAAGUAACUCAAGUCCGUUGCUGUGCAAACCUUCUGUGGAAAGCUCUUGCAUGUGCUGUAUCUGCAAUACCUUUGUUGCUCAGCUGCGGGCUGGUAUUAUCUGUGCCAGCCACAUCUGCAGAAACUACUCCAGGCACUGUAACAACUUCUGCCAAAGUCAUUGGGCUUGACAGGGAUUCUCACUUGUAUCAUCCUGUCCGUUCCCCAUGCUUGCCAAUGAAAGGAUAUCUUCAGAGCACCAAUUUAAGUGUGUUCUUGAAAAAAGUGACUCAGCAAGACUUAAGGCAGAGAAGGCACUUCCAUUUUACCCAAGGUGCAUUUGGGACUAAGCCCAGCAAAUAGACACUUAGUAGAGAUGAAGUGCUCUGUCAUUACAUCUUUGUUACCCUUCAACUCCCACUGAUGAGACCUAAGGGCAGGGGAGAGAGAUAUAACAUCUUCAGCUUCAUAAAAUCUAUUGUUAUGGUGGCAAAUGGGCCACAGAGAUGUUCUCGCAGUUCCAAGUGUUCCUAGUGGUCUGUCGCAGCAUCCUUGUGGGGGCUGUCCCUUUGCACCUCCCCUUCUCACCAUUUACAUAGAAACAAAGGUUGAAGGUUUAGCUAACAUGCAGCUGAACCUCUCACUCACGCAUAGUCAAAAGGAAGGUUCAAAGCAAGUGAAAAUUGGGCCCUGAACUGUAGAAUUGGGCAAUGGGAGACAUUCAGGAUGCCUCAUUAUUCACACUGUCAGUCACUUUCCCAAAAAGCAAACUACUUAGAAAGGGGAAAAAAAAAAAAAAAAGCGCCUUGAGAAUAUUCAACAUUUAUUAAAAGUGCAAUAAAAAUAAACAGUUCUCCUGUCCCUGUGCCAAGGGACCAGAAAGACCAGCCAGGAAACACAGCCAAGGUAUGUCAUUGUGCUUUAGUUCAACCCCUUCUGCUCAACACUUGGAGCUGGCACUCCAGGCACAAACACCCCGACCAUGCAUCAAGUCCAACCAGUUCCAGAGACUUAGGACUUCCAACAUCAGCCCCACACAUGCGCUGGAGGUUCAGGCAGUGGCACUCGGACCCAAGGCUCCCCACAGAAUCCUGCAGGAAGGGUUUCUUUGGCAGGACUGUUUGCAGGCCUUAGGGCUGGAACAGCAGGAAGCACUGGCAGUCACAAGUCAAGACUUAUCAACAGAGCUGGAAUACUCUACUCAGUGACACGUUCAUCUUCAUGGCACUGGUCAAGUCACACACACUCCUACAACACCCCUACUCAGCAGACACAAAACUUGCCUUGUCAUAUAAGUUGCAAGGGGG